UCCAAGGCACUUGUCGCUAUAUAUAUUCUCGCAUCACACUCUUCGCCUUCUCCGCCACCCUCUCUCUUUCUUCUCCAUUUUUCUUCUGCGCCUUUGCACCUUCGCCACACACCACCAUGGCCACCAACGCAGUCGUUGGAACCUCGCUCUCCAUGCGAUCCCUCCUUCCUCAAACACUGGCAUUUACCUCAAUUUCUGGCCCGAGAUCUGCUCUGGUUUCCAGCUUUGGGAGGAAGAAUGUUUCCUUUAGCUUGCAGCCCAGCUCAAUUCGCCUUAGAAUUUCCUGUGCUGCUAAAGCUAAACCAGAGACAGUAGAGAAGGUUUGCGACAUAGUAAAGAAGCAGCUGGCUGUGCCUGAAGGUCAGACUGUGUCCGCGGAGUCAAAAUUUGCAACUCUUGGAGCUGAUUCCCUUGACACGGUUGAGAUUGUGAUGGCCCUUGAGGAACAAUUUGGUAUCGCCAUUGAAGAGGAAAGCGCCCAGGCCAUCACUACAGUUCAGGAUGCUGCAGAUCUUAUUGAAGAAAUCGUUCUGAAGAAGAGUUCUUAGAGUAAAAAUGUACCAGAAGGUUUGUGUAAACAUGAACUCAUAAUCUCCAUACCUAUCAAUAUUUAUGGUGUGGGGCAAUUUUGAGUAUCGAGUGUUUUAAUUGCGAAAGACUUGUUGCCUGAUAAAAGUCCAAGAAGGAAAACAAAUUAGCCUGGCCUUUUGUUUCUGGAAAUUACAUCAAGUCCUUUUUUGCAUUAAGGGGUUUAUGUCAGUGAUAUGUUAAUUUUAUCAGAGAUGCCAUUGCUAUUUUAUGUAAGUUAAUUUAAUUCAGUCUAAUUUUUUCGUUAA